UGGGGUAGCAGCACCACCUCUGGUGUUGUAUGUGAUGAGGUCAGUCUGAAGGGUGGUGACAAGAAUGGUCGGAAAUCAGCAAGAAAAGUGGCAGAACCUGCAAAAGCAGUAGGAAGGAGGACUACCGGUGUUCUGGAACACUUAUCACCCAUCGCCCUUGCAGUGGGUUCAUUAUGUAAUGUAUACACCUGUGGCCAUGGAGGGGAUUGGAACACCUGAAUCACAUGAUUUGGAGGGGAUUGGAGCACCUGAAUCACAUGAUUUGGAGGGGAUUGGAGCACCUGAAUCACAUGAUUUGGAGGGCUGGCCCACUUGAGUUAAAGGA